AUGUCACAACAACUUCAAGAUAAGAUAGAUAAUUUCCCAAUUACCAGCUAUUCGUGGGAAUUAGUUGGUAUUUAUUUCAAAAAGAAAGCUGAGCUCGAAGAUGAAAAUGAUCGAAUGAGUUUCUUUUAUUACUUUAUCCAUGAAUUCGCUCGAGUCAAAAAGGAAUUCGAUGAACAGCAGCAACCCAAACAACAACAACCACAACAAGAUAAUAAUAUAGUUAAUUAUAAGUCGCUGGAGGAAGUUAUCCAAAGCUUUCCAGUCACAAGUUUAUCACUGGAUUUGGUAACAGUUUUCAACCAAAAGAAACUGGAGAUUAAAGAUGACGAGAGAACAAAAGCAACAGCAACAACAGCAACAGCAGCAACAGCAGGAACAGCAACAGCAGGAACAGCAACAGCAGCAACAGCAACAGCAGGAACAGCAGGAACAGCAGGAACAGCAGGAACAGCAGGAACAGCAGCAACAUCAGCAACAGCAGGAACAGCAACAACAACAACAGCAACAAAAUCAACAUAA